GCGGAGCGGCCCUGCACGCAGCGAGGCGGCGUCGGGGGUCGGAGCGGAGGGGGCCCGAGGUCCCCCGUGUCCCCGUGCCCCCGGGUGAGGACCCACCGACCCCCCGACAGACAGACCGACCGACCCACCCCACCCCCGGGGCUCCCCUGGCCCACGGGGCCCCGGCCGGGAGGAUGACGGAGCUGCAGUCGGCGCUGCUCCUGCGAAGACAGCUGGCAGAACUCAACAAAAACCCAGUGGAAGGGUUUUCAGCAGGUCUGAUAGACGACAAUGACCUAUACCGGUGGGAAGUGCUGAUCAUCGGUCCUCCAGAUACUCUCUAUGAAGGUGGAGUUUUCAAGGCUCAUCUCACUUUCCCAAAAGACUACCCUCUCAGGCCGCCGAAAAUGAAAUUCAUCACGGAAAUCUGGCACCCGAAUGUCGACAAGAACGGCGACGUGUGCAUCUCCAUCCUGCAUGAGCCCGGGGAGGAUAAAUACGGCUACGAGAAGCCAGAGGAGCGCUGGCUCCCCAUCCACACGGUGGAGACCAUCAUGAUCAGCGUCAUUUCUAUGCUGGCGGACCCCAACGGGGAUUCCCCCGCCAACGUGGACGCAGCGAAAGAAUGGAGGGAAGACCGAAACGGAGAAUUCAAGAGGAAAGUGGCCCGCUGUGUAAGAAAGAGCCAAGAGACUGCUUUUGAGUGACAUUUAUUCAGCAGCUAUAGUAGCUUCACUUUUUCAGGGUCUCCAAUUGAGAAACAUGGCACUGUUUUCCUGCACUCUACCCACCUCUUGCUGGACUUCAGUUGUAAGACGUUGGCAAACACUGGCUGGAACUAGGCGGCAAUAAAACAGGCCAGUGAACCGACGCUGACCAGAGCCGAAUUCGUGCCAACGGCCAAGAUGAAUGAUUGCGCAUUUCGAAUCCUCCUAAUGAACUGCUUUAACCUUCAGGAAGAAUUGUAAAGACCUGUACAUAGCACAACAGGAUCCGAAUAAUAUAUACACACACACCCACACCCACACCCACACACACAUACGUUCUCUCUGUCUCUUUCUCUCUUUCUUUCUUUCUCUCUCUUUUACACGCGUGGCUCGUGUACAUCCAUACACUUUGCACCAAAUAAUGCUUUCUCAUAGUUAGGAUCAAAAAUCGUGUAAAUUCAAAAGAUUUUAGCAGGUUUCUCCCCCCCCCCCCCAUCCCCACCCCCCUCCCCCAUCUUCUUCGUUUCUUUAUCAGUUAAAAGAGACUUCUCUGAAAGCAUGUCGGAUUAAAAACCAAUUAGGAUUUAAGGUUUUCCAUUUAACUUUCCUUUGAACCAUCGAGGCUUCAUUAAAAUCUUUCACUUACUAAACCUUUUGUAUCUUCUUUGUUUGGAAACUCUUCCCUCCCGCCCGGCCCCUUCCUCUCCACCCCCCGCACUUCCCAAUCGAGUUCCGAACAGAAAGGGCCGAGAAGGAACUGCCCGAACUGAACGGCGACUUCAGAUGGACACCAUCCCCAUCCCGUGCGAGGGCGUAGCAGCGGUAGUUGCCUCUUUCGGGAAUGGAGGGUGGGUGAUGGAAGAACUCGUGACCGGGAGGACUGGGACGGCGGGGACGGGAACGGGGGACGGAAGACCAGCCGGUGGGAACGCGGGACGGGGCGGGCGGGAUUCCGGACGACUCUGCCGGGGCCGGCAAGGAACUUGGGGGUCUGAUCCCGGACGCCCGGCCCCCCGCCCCGCCUCCCUCCCGCUUUCGGAGGCCCUUCACGGUCUUUGCCUUUGACUCUGCUGCGGAGUUUGCCUCACCUUAAUGUACAAAGAAAAUGCGAUGUAUAUUUUCAUGUAAUUUGAUUUUGGAAUUCUGUCACCUUAUGUAGUGAGUUCUUCCAAAAUAUAAUUUUUUUUCCAAUAAU